UUACCUGCCCCCACCCCAGGUAAUUGAAAUUGACUCAAAACGGAUCAAUUCAAAAUACCUCAGGCAGAUUGAUCCAUCCAAAUUUUUUGCUGGCAAACGAGGCAAUUUGGUACAAUUGUGUUAAAACGAGACAAUUAUGUCAAAUUGAUCCGUUACAAUUCCUCAUCCAAACGACCCAUUUAAUUUAGCAAUGUUGACCUUCAUGUGUCUCUUUUAAGUAAAUAUCAUGUUGACAAGUCAAUAUUACUAACAAAAUUGCUAACUGAAAGUUAGCAUUUGAAUAAUUCUUAGUAUUUCAAUAAAUUUGGAUAAUAUAAAAGAACCUGAAAUUUUUUUGGAUAAAAAAUAGACAUUACCCCGAUUUCAUAUAUAAAACGUAGAAACUCAAACUAGCAUGAAUGAUUGAGUUGAUCUACUUCUGGAUUGGCAUAUGUAUUGAAGAAUAAACAAAAGUGAGGUCACGAUCUGAUUCAGACCCGUAAUAUCAAUUCCAACAACCCAACUGCCCAAUAAAAAUGGAAUAUAUAUAUGUAAAAACUCCCAAUUAAUCCAUUAUUAAUCAUAAAAGCUCCCAAUUUCAAUUUUCAAACCACCCCACUAGUCCAUAUUCCAUACAGCAAAGCAGCCGUGCCUAGCAAUCUAUAGUAUUUUUUUUUUUUUUUUGCACGCAUCAAUCUCAAAUGGGCGAUAAUUGGCUGCUUACUGGGUUGCAGCGCAUGGCUGCUACCCAUUGACGUGCCAGCAUACAAUUGGUUCAUAGAAUUAACAUUUAAUUAUUGAACUUAAUAACAAGGACGGGAGACGGAACGGACGGAAUCCUUUUUCUUGGACGGAGAAGCAACCAAACGGUGCUGUGUCUUUAACUUUUAUUCCAUUAUUAUAUUCUAUUAUAUAUUUCUUUUAUUAAUUGGAAAAAGACAUAUAAUAAAAUUAAACACAGAGGUGCAGCCUCUUUAGGUUUUAUUGCGUACUCAGAUAUCAAAUCAGCGCCGACGACGGCAUCUUUUCUUCUCACUGCCGGCUUCUUCCUAGCUCUAGUAUCCAUUGUGCAAUUGCGUUCAACUCCUCCAACGCCCGCAACUGGAAGACAGUUUGAUAAAAUAAUCUCUACUACUACUUUGACUGCCUUCGACGCUAGCUUUCGGAGACCUCCAAAUCAAGUCGAAAAGGUAAGAUAUGGAUGCUAGGAGUUCAUCUAAAACUAGUCUAAUUAAAUAUGAUGGUUUUGCAUUAAUAUGAACUGGUUUUGUUUUACGGUACACAACCAACAUAUAUGAAAGGAAAAGCUUUUCAUUAGGUUAAUAUUAAUUAAAAUUUUUAUUUUGUUGUUUGUGUAUGCAGGUUUUCUUUGUGAAACUUGUAUUUCUUGUAAAGAGGAACACAUAUGAGUUUUGCGGAAAAAGUUGAAGUGCCAUGUAUAGGUAUGAAGUUCGAUAGUGAUGAAAGUGCUUAUGAAUUUUAUAAAGCAUAUGCCCACAGUAUUGGUUUCAGUGUAAGGAAGGACAAUAUAAAGCGAAAUCAAGUCGGGCAAGUGAAGAGAAGAAUAUUUUGCUGUUCUAAAGAAGGUGAAAAAGGGUUUGAUAAAAGGCGUGAGCAUGUGGCUUUUGAGCGACCAAUUUCAAGAAUUGGAUGUUUGGCACAUAUGACAUGCCAACUAAAAAAUGAUGGCUUGCUAGAGGUUGUUUCUUUUGAAGGAGAUCAUAACCAUGAACUUGCUCCCACUCCCAUGAAGCACAUGUUGAGAUCCAACAGGAAGAUAAGUUAUGCUCAGAAGGCUAUUGCAGAUGAUGCUGAGAGAGCUGGGUUACCAAUCAAAGCAACUAUUGAUUUACUAGCAAUUCAGAAUGGAGGUCGUGAAAACAACGGGUUUCUAGAUUCAGACUAUAGAAACUAUAUUGCUACCCAAAGAAAGGCUACAAUGAUAAAGGGAGAUGGUCCGGCAAUUAUGGAUUAUUUUAGUAAAGCACAAUCAGCCGAUCCAUCAUUUUUUUAUUCGGUGCAACUUGAUGAUGAUGAUUUUAUCAUGAAUAUGUUCUGGGUUGAUGGUAGGUCAAUCAUUGACUACAAGUACUUUGGAGAUGUUCUAUGCUUUGAUACCACUUAUAGAACUAAUGAAUAUGGUCGACCAUUUGCUCCAUUUGUUGGAGUCAAUCAUCUGAAGCAAACAGUAAUUUUUGGGGCAGCAUUACUCUAUGAUGAAACAAUCACUUCCUUCAAGUGGUUGUUUGAAGCGUUUUUGGGUGCAAUGGAUGGAAAGCAACCUAAGACUAUUUUGACAGAUCAAUCAGCUGCAAUGGCCAAAGCAAUCGAAGAGGUAUUUACUGAAACUCAUCAUCGUUUAUGUGUUUGGCAUAUUUAUCAAAAUGCUGCUAAGCACUUGAGCCAUGUGUUUCACGGAUCCGACCAAUUCUCUAGUGAUUUUAGUUCAUGUAUAUAUGAUGGUGAAGAUGAAGAUGAAUGGCUUAAAGGUUGGGAUGAUAUGCUUAACAAGUAUGGUCUGCUGAACAAUGAAUGGUUGCAAGGUAUAUUUUCAAUAAAAGAAAAGUGGGCUAUGGUUUAUGGACGUCAUAUGUUUACUGCUGAUAUGAAAAGUACACAGCGUAGUGAAUCAAUUAACAGUGUGCUAAAAAAGUAUCUGAAGCCGAAGCACAAUAUGGUUACUUUUUUUUACCAUUAUAACAAGUUGGUAGAAGAUAGAAGGUACCAAGAGUUGCUUGCAGAGUUCAAAAUGAGGGACACCCGCCCUGUGUUAAAAGCUGACGUUGAGAUGUUGAGGCAUGCAUCAGAAGUGUACACUCCUAAAGUCUUUAAGUUGUUUGAAGAAGAAUAUCUGAAAUUUUGGGAUUGUACGAUUGAUAAGAUCAGCAAAACUGAAGGUCGGGUGGAAUAUAAAGUGAAAUAUGAUGGUAGAGGUGCAGGGCAUCGUGUAUGGUUUGAGUCUUCAUCACAAGCAGUUGAAUGUAGUUGCAUGAAGUUUGAGUUUGUGGGGAUUUUAUGUGCUCAUGCUUUGAAAGUUAUUGACAAGAAAAAUAUAAAGCACAUCCCACAGCAAUAUAUAUCAAAGAGGUGGACAAAGGAUGCAAAAGAUGGGGAUUUGAGAAGUUCAGUUCGAGUGCAGGGAAGUUCUGAGAAACUCACAGGGAAGCGUUACUUCAAUAUGCAUUAUAAUUUUCGAGAGAUAUCUGCACUGGCAGCUGAGAGCGACAGAAUGUAUGAGCAUGCAAGUGAAGUUUUUUCAAAUUUGCUGAAGGAUUUGCAGGAAAUGAAGAAGUGCUCAAAUGGUGGAACUUCUAAUGAGAUAUUAUGUUCUAAUAAUGAAGAAGAGUAUCCAACUGUAGCAGGAGUUAAAUCAAAAGCUACUAUUGGACGACCAAAAGGAAGAAUUAGAGGUGCAUUAGAGCGACAAAAAAGUCACAAAGUUCAAUCAAAAUCAAAGGUUCUGCCCCUCCCUUGUUUGUUUUUAUAAUAUAAAACUAUUAUAAUAUUUAUUUAUAUUAGUUAUUCACUAUAUAUUAUUUAUUAUACAGGGUAAGAAGGUGAAAGCUAGUUCUUCUCGGCAAGUAGAAAGCAGUAUUGAAGUGCAAAUACAGAAUAAUCAGGUUUUUCUUUGUCUGUUUUAUAUUUCAAAGAAAUAUGAUAGUGUUUUUAUAAUGAGAUAAGUGAAAAUAUCAUAUGAAUAAUAUCUUAACAAUUGGUUGAUUUUAGGUGAUGAACAAUGAUCAAUUUAAAAGAUCAAUUAUUAGUUCAGCUGGAGAAAACUUGGAAUCUACACCUUGUGUAAGCAAUAUAUCAUUCACACAAUUGUUACAGGUAUGAAUUCAAUUUUAUUAUUUAUUUAUUUAUUUUGAUUUUAUUGAAAAUUUCAAGACUAAUAUCAUUCUUAUCUUAUUUUUUGCAGGACAUAUCAAAUCCACACAUAUACGAUCCUGAACACUGAUAAUGUUUAUUUUUUCUUGAUACCUUAGUAAGAUUAUUAUUAUGUCUGAAGAGAUUAUUUUCAUAUGAUUUAUUUUUGGCAUUUAGGGGAUGAAUUUCGUACUUUUGUUUUUUGGUACAAUUUGUUUGGGAUGGAUGCUUUGGCCUUUGUGGUAUUCUACUAUACUGAAUGCAUUUGAUAGUAUGUUCUCUAAAUUUUAGAUUAUAUCUAUAUAAAAUUAUUUGUAAACAAAAUAUAUUGGGCAUAUAUGGUACAAUUUAAUAUGCUUCUAAUAGUACAUAAAGAAGGUGAAAAGUAUUGACCGUGAGGUUGAAGACAAAAUGAGACAUGGAGGUAUAUAAUAUUAGGCUGGAAUGCAUGUACAAAAGAGGCAGGACCUCUGUGUUUAAUUUUAUUAUAUGUCUUUUUCCAAUUAAUAAAAGAAAUAUAUAAUAGAAUAUAAUAAUGGAAUAAAAGUUAAAGACAUAGCACCGUUUGGUUGCUUCUCCGUCCAAGAAAAAGGAUUCCGUCCGUUCCGUCUCCCGUCCUUAUUAUUAAGUUUAAUAAUUAAAUGUUAAUUCUAUGAACCAAUUGUAUGCUGGCACGUCAAUGGGUAGCAGCCAUGCGCUGCAACACAGUAAGCAGCCAAUUAUCGCCCAUCUCAAAUAACGUCACUCAACUUCGCAGCCACUACUUAAAUCUAGAAUAGCUAAUACAACGAUAUUAAUUCUUUUCGUGAUCGUCGAUCAAGUUAUUUUUUCAUCUAAAUUAUCUUCAAUACUAAACAAACUUCACUAAAUCGAUAGUAAGAAAAAUGACGCGUAUACGUAUCUCGAAUAAGCUAUCAAAGAGUGGAGGAAGCACUACGUGACUUUAGCUAAUCAGGCCCUAUGCAAUCUUCUUAAUAACUAGUUUUUGUCAAUCCACUUUUAAUUUGGAUGGUUUCAACAAAUAUUUGAUCGAGAUUGACGUAAAAGCAAUUAUGUUAAUUAUUUCAAACUUUAAGCGCAAUUUAAUUCAUCAAAGUUGACCAUUAACGUAACUGGCCCGGAUUUGCAUUGGACACAUACAAUUACACGUGCUAUGAGCCCAUCAUUUUUAGUCAAUAGUAAUGGCUGGCAAAACAGCAAAAAGGCCAAAUUAUCCAAAAUGCCACUUCACAAGUCAAUCAAAGCGGAAAAGGCUGGCGGGCUUUCUGGAGACAAAUUUACAUAUGUCCACACUUUGUGAUGGCAAUUUGAACCCGUCCCGCGGGUAUUACUCGAUCUGACUUGCGAUGGGGCGGGUAUUAUCCGACCUGCAGUAGCGUGGGGCGGGGCAUGGGUAUCUAUUUCCGACCCGCCCUGCCCCGUCCCGUUCUAGACUCAUUUAUCUCAAUUUCUUACAAUAUCUAUACAUAUUUCUCCUAUUUUGACUUUUCUUCAACUAGUUAGAGUCGAUCUUUCAACUUGUUAGGCUCAAUUAUCCAUUCUAUUAUCAAUAUUUUUCAUUCUUAAAGUGUUUUUCCUACGUUUUGUUGUAAAAAGUAAAAUUUACUUGUAUUU